ACUUCUUAAGGCCACUUCCUGUGUCUCCACUUUCUUUCCCUCUCCGUUUUGGUGGGCUGGUUGAAGAUGAAAUCCACUGAGGAUGAAAGGCCUGGGUCUUCAGCACCCUAUGUGCCAGUCCAGAACUGGUUUAUCUGCAGACCCCCUGAAAAUCAACUGGGCUUGGAUUUAGACAUUCUCAAUAGAAAGGGUUAAAGGCUGAUGGGACCUAAUGCCUGGUACUUGAAUUUUGAUCAAGAUAAACUGUCUUAAGUUCUCUUCACUACACAGACGAUCUCAGGUAAUUGAUAGAUCCCGUGGUUCAACUUGGUUUCUAGAUAGAAGCUGGAUUCAUGUGAUGCCAGAUAAGUAAAAUUUUGAGAGACCAAAACCAGAGCUGAGUCUCCCUGUUCCAUUCUGGACCUCUUUGGUGCUGUAAAUCCUGGAUAUACAGUAGAUGAUUACUGCAUUUUAUGAUGGAGUUUCGCUCUUGUUACCCAGGCUGGAGUGCAUAAAACUAUUGAAAAGCAAGAGUAUGAUAUUGGAGUAGAGGAAAAGUUGGUAGAUUUGUAUACACUAAAAUUCAAACUUAUGUUUGCAUGCCAUUUAACUGUUAAAUGACUCCACAGAAAUCAAGAAAAUCAUCAAAGGAUAUGAACAGGACUCUCUUCAGCUUCUGGAGACCUCACUAUCCUAUUAUGUCUUUGUGUGAAGACAUGCUGCUUUGUAAUUAUCGAAAGUGUCGCAUCAAACUCUCUGGCUAUGCAUGGGUCACUGCCUGUUCUCACAUCUUCUGUGAUCAGCAUGGCAGUGGUGAGUUUAGUCGCUCACCAGCUGUCUGUCCUGCCUGCAACAGUACCCUUUCUGGAAAGCUAGAUAUUGUCCGCACAGAACUCAGUCCGUCAGAGGAAUAUAAAGCUAUGGUAUUGGCAGGACUGCGACCAGAGAUCGUGUUGGACAUUAGCUCCCGAGCACUGGCCUUCUGGACAUACCAGGUACAUCAGGAACGUCUCUAUCAAGAAUACAAUUUCAGCAAGGCUGAGGGCCAUCUGAAACAGAUGGAGAAGAUAUAUACUCAGCAAAUACAAAGCAAGGAUGUAGAAUUGACCUCUAUGAAAGGGGAGGUCACUUCCAUGAAGAAAGUGCUAGAAGAAUACAAAAAAAAGUUUAGUGACAUCUCGGAGAAACUUAUGGAGCGCAAUCGUCAGUAUCAAAAGCUCCAAGGCCUCUAUGAUAGCCUUAGGCUACGAAACAUCACUAUUGCUAACCAUGAAGGCACCCUUGAACCAUCCAUGAUUGCACAGUCUGGUGUUUUUGGCUUCCCUUUAGGUAGCAACUCCAAGUUUCCUUUGGAUAGUUCACCUGUUCGAAAUCGGGGAGAUGGAGAUGGAGAUUUUCAGUUCAGACCAUUUUUUGUAGGUUCUCCCACAGUACCUGAACCCAGCAACAGCUUUUUUAGUUUUGCCUCUCCAAGUCGUGAAUUAGAGCACCAGCAAGUUUCUAGCAGGGCCUUCAAAGUAAAAAGAAUUUGAGCCAGUUAUGGUUUCAUGGACCUGUGAUCCCAGCUACUUAGGGGUAUGAGGCUGGGAGGAUCACUUGAGCCCAGGAGUCUGAGGCUAUAGUGAUCUAAGAUCAUGCCACUGCACUCCAGCUUAAGCAAUAGAAUGAGACCCUGUUUCUA